GUGUAAUCGGGUUGGAGUCCACCCAACCUCAUGGUCUAUCAUCUGACGUACUAAUUAAUGCGAGUGCAGAAGUUCCUUCUUCCAUUUUCCAAUGCAAAUCUCUCUAUACGAAUAAUCCAAUGCUAUACUUAUAGUUUCUUCAUCUAACUUCAAAACCCGAAUCAUGAAUCCGAAUCGUCCGACGACCCACCUUCCAUCUCCGACUAUUUUACACCGCCGAACAACCGCUCCUCUGCCAGAACAACCGCUCCAUUUCUUCACCUUAAUGCUUCACUCCCACUAUGCCAACCAACAUAAAAUGAUGCUCCCAACAAAGUUUACAAAGAAAUUAGGCAAUGAACUGUUUGCAGUUGCCAAGCUUAUAGUUCCAAGUGGUCAGUUUUGGGAAGUGAGAUUAGAGAAAGUUGACAAUAAGAUUUGGUUCAAACAUGGUUGGCAGGAAUUUGUCAACUUCUAUUCCAUCUCUUAUGGAAAUCUCUUGAUAUUUAGAUAUGGAGGAGAAUCAAAAUUCCAUGUUUGUAUAUUGAACAACACUUUUACUGAAAUUGACUAUCCCAUUCCCCUGAAUGAUCUGAGUAGCAACUUUGUGGAUCCUAAUCUUGAUAAUGAGAUCCACCUUCAACUUCCUCACUCUUCUUCCAAAACAAGAAUUGUCAACAAACUUGGAGACAAGCAAGUUUUCAAGAGAGUUCAAACCCCUUUGUCUAACCCGAAAACUGAGCGGUCUAAUAAGAUUUUCAGAACUAAUGCAGCUUCCAUUGAUUGUACAAAAGCUAGUCGAGCUGUUAAAACAGAAGAGGAGACACCGGUGGAACAAUCGGGUUAUGCCAAUGUUCCUAGAAGCUCAGCUAAAAUGGAAAAAGAAGAGAACUUUUUCCUAAACCAUGAAGAAAAUACAAAUCUGAUUCUUCCAAGAGGUUUCCCUGUUACUAAUCCAAAUUCCUAUUAUAAGAUAUCCAAGGAAACUGAGAAAGCAGCCACUAUUGCCAGCAUGCGUGAAUAUGAAAAUCCUUCUUUCAUGGUCAUCCUGAGGAAGAAAAAUACUCUACAUAAGUCUGUGCAUGUGCCUGCAAUGUAUACUCAGAAGAAUAUGAACCAGUGUUGUGGAUUUGUUCAUCUUGUUGUUCAUGGCAACGAGACACAGAAGUGGCGCAUACAGUGCCUUCCGCGACGUGAUCAGCCCUCUUGUAGGGAACUAAGCUAUGGAUGGAGUAAAUUUGCAAUGGACAAUAAUUUAAAAGAAGGAGAUGUUUGUGUGUUUGAGUUGGUAGAGAAGGGAGAAAAUAUUGUGCUGAAAGUUUGGAUUUAUUAUGCUAGAGAGGGCCAAUGGAGAAAAGGACUUAAACAAGAGUGUGUUUUGUUUGUGUGAAGAUCAGAAUACUAAUUAGUACUCUUAGCUUAGUUAUACAUUGACAUUAGGAUGAUGCAUGUACUAGUUUUUAACUUGUUUGUUUUAGAUAGAUAAUGUUCUACCUUGCUAUCUGAAUUUAUAUUUUGUAAAACGGAUGUACCCUUUCUAUAGUGCUUGUAGUUCUGGCUUGUUAUUGUAAAUUUUUGGGCAGGACCAAAAAAACACUAGGUGACGUUUGGUUGGAAGUAAUGAAAUGGAAUGGAAAGGAAAUAAUUUUUAUUUUA